AUGUCUAACGAGUCUGGAGAGUCUUUAGGAGUGUGGUGCUACCGUACCACCCAAAAGUCUGCCUCAUUGGUGAAGUCCCUCGUGAGGCAGGGUUCUGACGCUCUCUCUCGCGCUGCCUUCCUCAUGCAUCCCUUUCGUUCUCCUACCUUCCGGCCCCUGGGCACUUUCAGGGAUCGCGACACCGACGACUGGUCUGACUUGCCCGACAGUCCCCCUUCCGACAACAAGUUACCGUCUAGCGCAUCGCCGAAGAACAUCCUUUGGGAUUUCAGGGACUUAGCCGCGCCGUCGUCUCCCCCCACCAGUGUCGACGACGAGGACUACGUCGAGGCUGUACGCCACUGGCCUUUCGCUCGACGCAUAUUUGGCGACCUAUUGGACGACAGGGACUUCCCUGCCUUGUCCGACAUUUUAAUUCAGACACCUGAUUUUGAGCCAGAAGAUUGGGUUCUCCUCCAGACGAAGUUGAGGGACAAACCGGAGAUUCUUCGUCAUUUCUGGUUCCGUUACGAUCGAGCGAUGAAGACGGUGGUGUCCGGUUCCCCCAGCGGCCUGCACCAGGACGCCCUGCAAGGUUGCGUUCAUAACAUAGUAGAGGAGACCAUCAAACCAGUUACGGUUCAGUUCCCGCUGCCCGCCGGCAUGUUGGUGACGGAGAACGCGGCGAAGAUGUUGGUUAGGCAGGACCACAUAGAGAUUCCGGACUGUAUGGUAGGGCUGUCUUACCACGCCAAGCGCAAGGACCUCAGUGUCAGUUUGGGCGCUGACUGUGCAGUCGUCGAGUCUGCGAGAACGGAGAGUGUUCCGCACGUACUCGCCAAGGUUACUGACAACAUGCCAGUCCCGCUGCUUGAGCCAGAAGUGGGUGUGGGACGAACCUACGUGGAGCAAAUGGCGUCAGAGGCUGGAUCGGAGGGCGACGAGUCGGAGGCUGGAUCAGCGGGCAACGACGUGGAGGCGGGAUCAGCCGGCCACGAGGGGGAGGCCGGAUCAGAGGGCGACGCGUCAGAGGAAGGGGUGCCGAUGGAGACGGACGACGAUGACGACGACGACGGGUCACGGACGCAGGCGGGCCCAGAUAACGAGCAGGAAGGAUCGUCUCCGCUCACCCCUCUAUCGCCUCUCUCACCGAGCUACAUCCCGUCAAACCCUCCUCUUCCCCCUCCCUUGCCACCGCUUCCUCCAGACCCGACCCGGAAGAUCUCUUCCGUGGUGUUCGUCGUCAUUUCCACGCAGGAGAAGGUCGUCAAAACCCCGCCACCCGACAUAGACAUCAGCAAGCCGGUAUGGGUCGAGCUCCCCUGUCCGGACGACGAAUGCAUCACGGGCGGCCACGCUUACGGCGGUAAAAUAUACGUGGGGGAGAUCCGCGCGUAUAUGUGGGUCUUCCAAGGUGCUGAGGAUCACGCGUAUCUUGCGGAGCAUUGGAAAGACAAUAUUGAAGCCUGGGUACGCAGCGGAAAGGCUCUGCUUCUGCGGAGGAAGUACGCGACUCCUGAGCAGAAGGCUGCACUCAGGCAGUGGGAAGAUCGCUGGCGCGAGUGCAUGCUGUCAGUGCGACAGAAAGUUCUCAACAGGAUCAUCGUAGGCAACGUCACCCAAUGCGUCAACGAUGCCGAAAUAGCCGCGUACCAACAGAAGUUCAACCCGCCGCCAAAUUUGAGCUUGCCUCAUAUCAAAGGCCCUGUAGGGAUUGUACGAAGGCAAGUCUACCGUGGAAGCUGGAACAUGGCAGCAGAAAGGCGAGCAAAGAUGACGAACGCCUCGACCUCGUACGAAGACGACGGCCUUCCUGGCACCGUGGGCGAAGCGUUCGUUGUGGGGAAGAACCUCAAGCGAGCGCUGGACGACGGCGACUUUGAAGAAGCUGUGUCAGCACUCAAAAGACCUCACCUCGAAGACGCUCUCGCGAACAAGAAGAGCUCGCUGACGGAUUCGGAUUACUUAGGCUCCGGUGACGGUAUGAGCGACCCCAUAUCGAGCGACCCCAUCGCAGAUCCUACGUACCGUCCGGAAGCAGACGACGGCUCGUAUUCGCAGGACAGCAACCACGGGGAAUCGUCGCAGGACGGUUCGGCAUCCCAAGACAGCUCUUCGCAGAACGGUUCAGCGUCCCAGGACAGCUCUUCGCAGGACGGCGAGGCGUCCAGAGAAGACGAGUCUUCGCAGGAAGAUGAGUCUUCGCAGGAAGAUGAGUCGUCCCAGGACGGCGGCUCAUCACAGGACGGUGGCUCAUCGCAGGACAGUCAGGAAGACUGA